AGUUAGGCCGCCCUAAGAAAGGCCCAAUGUUUGAAUGAAAGCAGAGCAGAGAGUCUAGGUGGGAGUUGGGAGGGAAAAGACGUUCGGAAAAGUGUCGAAAUGUGGAGCAGCGGUGGAUCAUCAUCAUCAUCGUCAACCAUUACGCCGGAGCAAAGAGCCAGAAUUACCCGAAAUUUCAGAGCUGCCAAAGCUCUCCUUUCUCGUAAACGCCCUCGAAACGACACCCCUUUAUCCCCUCUUCCCAUUCCCAAAAAAGUUUCAGAUGAAAAUGAAGGCAGGGAGACCCCAGUUAGGGGUUUCAGUACAAUCAAGAGGGUUCCUCUUGCCGAUAUUCCAGUGAAUACGCCGCCCCAUUUUGCUGGGCACAAUUCGUCAUUAAUUGGCCAUGAAAAACAUAGUGGCGGUUGUUCUCGUGGGGGCUUAAGUGUUAGUCGAAAUGAAAAUGUUUCUUUAGAGAAUGUGUGUGCAUUGGAUUCAUUUACAACCCCUUUGAAACAAUCGGCAUGUCCGAGGUUAUCUACUGAUUCGUGCUCAGUUCCUAGUUUUGUAAAUGGGGGUGAUGACGAUGAUGAUUUUGAUGAGUCCAUUUUGGAAGAAAUUGAUGCCUUGUGUGAGCAGAAAUCCAUGGAAAGAACUGAAAGGCCAGACCCAAGUUGCAACGCUAUCGUCACUAGUGAGCAUAGUAAUGGUAAGGAUGAUGGGGAUGGUGGUGGUGAUAGUGGUGGUGGUGGUCAUCCUAAUACCAGCUCUGUGGAGAUGGAAAAUAUGGGUAUUUUUGGAUUUGGAAAUGAUGGGGAAUGCAAAGAAGAAGACGGGUUGUCUAAUACACAGAGUAUAAAAAUUGGAAGCAUGCCAAGUGAGUUUUCAAAAUAUAUGCUGUCUUUAAAUGACAGGCAACGUGAAGCUGCUUGUUGUGAAAUUUCUAAGCCUUUAAUGAUUGCUGCUGGCCCCGGAAGUGGAAAGACUUCAACAAUGGUCGGGAGAGUUCUUAUGCUGCUUCAUGAGGGUAUUAGUCCAUCAAAUAUUUUGGCAAUGACUUUUACUACAGCAGCAGCUUCUGAGAUGAGAGAACGUAUUGGAAAAGUGGCCGGGAAAGCAGUAGCUAAAGAACUCACAAUCAGCACAUUCCACUCUUUUUCCUUGCAGCUUUGUCGAUCACACGCAGAAAAAAUUGAGCGCAGAUCAGAUUUCUUAAUAUAUGGGCAUGCACAACAAAGAAGGGCAGUUAUAGAGGCGGUGCGGAUAUUCGAAAAUGGAAAGAGUAACAAAAAGAUUGACUCUCGGAUAUUAGGUGAAGAGGCUAAUGGGAUAACUUCUCCACAGUAUUUUAAGGAUAUGUCAAAGAAAUGGCAGAAGUUUGUGACUCAGGCUAAAGCUUCUGGAAAGACUACUGCGGAGUGCUUCAAAAUGGGGGAUGAAAUGGGGGCCACAAUUCUUGGGAACUACAAUGAUAUAUUAAGGUCUUGUAAUGCAUUGGACUACCACGACUUAAUUAGCUGUUCUGUGAAGCUGCUUACUGAUUAUCCUGAAGUGUUCAGGGAGUGCCAGGAGUCUUGGAAAGCCAUAGUAAUUGAUGAGUUUCAAGAUACAAGUGCCAUGCAAUACAGUCUUCUUAAAAUGCUUUCAUCUCACAAUCACAUAACUAUUGUUGGUGACGACGACCAGUCCAUUUUCAGUUUCAAUGGAGCUGAUAAUUCUGGAUUUGAAUCGUUUCGUAAAGAUUUUCCAAAUUACAAAGAGAUCAGACUGAAUAAGAACUAUAGGUCCACUCGUUAUAUUGUUGAAGCCGCAUCCUCUGUUAUACAAAAUAAUAUGAAGCGAUGCCGAUUAAAGAAUGUUGACACAGAUAAUUCAUGUGGAUCAAAGAUAAUCAUCAAAGAAUGCCACAGUGAGGAUGCACAAUGCGCUUUCAUCAUUGACAAGAUUUUUGAAUCUGCCACUAUUGAUUCAACUGCUAAGUGCUCCUAUGGAAACAUUGCAAUUCUUUACCGGAGGCAGGUAUCUGGGAAAGUCUUCCAAGCAUCCUUUAGAGAACGAAAAAUUCCAUUUAACGUUCAUGGGGUGGCCUUUUAUCGGAAAAAGGUAGUCCAAGCAAUUAUUGCUAUGCUUAGAACUACAUUGCCAUUUUGUGAUGAUGGACCGUAUCGUCGAGUCUUCAAGGCUUUACUUCCUUUAGAGAAAGAGGAAAAAAAGAGGGUUAUUGAACAUAUUGACAAAGUUUCAAACGCUAGAAAAUGCAGCUUUAUUUCAGCUGCUUGCGAUAUCUUUAGUGCAAAAAUUUCUGGUACCUUUAAAAGAAGUCAGCUCACACAAGGGCGGAAGGUGUUGAUAACGCUGGAGAUGAUUUCAAAACUAGUGAGCAGGGAACAAUCAAUUUCAGUUGUCAUUACCUCAGUGGCAAACAUGGUACCUCAGAAAUACCUUCUUGAGCAGCGGGCAGUUGUUGAUGUUGAUGCAGGAAAAUAUCUCAACGAAGAUAAUGAUAUCAGAUCUGUUCUUCAGUUCCUUUUGGAUGAUGUAUCUGAAUUCUUAUCUACUAGAUGUGUUCCAGCAGAAGGGGAGAAAGAGCUAGAAGAAGAGAAAGGCUGUCAUAGUGUACUUAAGGCUUUUAUAGAUCUUAUAUCUGAGCGGGAGACGGAAAAUUUUCGUUCUCGAAGAGAGGAUAACAGAAAUUCUGUCACCUUAACUACCAUCCAUCAGUCAAAAGGUUUGGAAUGGGACACGGUUUUCAUAGUUAAGGCAAAUGAAUCUGAGAUUCCAUUGCUACAUGAGUUUAAUGGUGCAGCAAAGGAAAAUGGGACCUCGGUUGAGGAGGAGCGUCGUUUGUUUUAUGUUGCAAUGACACGUGCUCGAAAGAAAUUGUUUGUUCUGUAUGUUUCAAUGGAUUCCAGUUUCCAGAUACUUCGACCUUCACGAUUUCUCAAUGAAAUUCCAGAACAUCUUCGAGAGGUUCAGGGAGAACUAUGUAUACAGCUACAAAAUAAGCAUCGUGACUGUUCAAAAGGUGCAGACCAAAUCAUGGUUGGUCCACCUAACAGACUGGAAUCGAUUGAAACAGAUACAAAUCCAGAUGACUUGGUCCAAAUCAAAGUGAGUGAUGAUCAAAUCGAGUUCGUAGAAUCCUUGGAGGCAGGCAAUGGAAAUAUUUUCUUAAAAAGAUUUGAUGUUGAAGAGAGAUCAAUUGUAUCUCAUGUAUUUCACCAGUGGGCUAAGAAGAAAGCAUUUCAAGAUCCUAAGAGGUUGCUUGAUAAGGUUGGCUUUGUAAUCGAUGAGCGCCUACGAGUAAAGAACAACAAGCACAAGGACGUCUUGCGCUUGCUAAAGUCAUUCUUGAAAUGUGAUGAAGCAUUUCAAUUUGCGGAGUAUGUUUUGAGAUGGGAAAAAAUCCCUGCUGAAAGGCGUGCUCAUUUGAUGCGGGAAAAACAGGAGCAUUUCCUGAAAUUAAAGAUUGAGAACUCAAUGGGUUCAUCAGCACCAACAGUCAAACAGAUCUCUUAUCUGCAAAGUUUGGGCUGCACUGUGGCCCCUACAUCACGUCUCCAUGCUUCUCAUCUGAUUGAGCAAUACAAAUCAUUGUGAUUGGAGUUUGUUUGUUUAUUGAUGGUUGGUGUUCACAUUUCAGAAGCUAUGGGUAAAUUUUGGUCUGGUUAUCAAUGUAUCUUAUGUUGUGCUUGUAUCAAUUAAUGUUGUAAAUGACCAUUUUUUUGGGUAGCUAUAACCCCUUUUUGCAUGAAUCUGUGUAAAAAUUAUAAUUGCCAAACAAUGAUAAUCUAAUCACAACAGCUGUGGCUUUAAAAAUA